GUAUUCAAACUCUCUCAGCCAAAUUAAGGAACUGAAAGUGUUUCCCAACCUGCAGGAAAUUACAGGCUUAUUUUAGCAAAAACAAAACUUUACUUUCUAAUGUGCUGUUGGUGCAGUAGAGCUUGAGACAGGAUGAGUGACCAAGCACAACCUUUGGUGGAAGAGGAGACCACUGUAAAAGUCAUAGUUGGAUCUGAAGCAUCGUUUCUUCCAGAUGAGAAGUUGGACUACCCUCCGGCCGGGGGAAUCUCUAUCUAUUCGGCCAUUUUGACUCGAAAUGAGGCGGUGAAGGACGCCAAGAGGCUUAAGACGUUCUUAGAGCUGCGGGAUAAGUAUGUGAAGAAGAACGUCCUCUUUGAAGACCCACUGUUCCCGGCCAGCGACUCCUCACUGUUCUACAGUGAAAAACCUCCCAUGAAGUUUGAGUGGAAACGCCCAUCGGAAAUUUGUGAUGAUCCGCAAUUCAUCAUUGAUGGAGCCAGUAGAACAGACAUCUGCCAGGGAGAGCUGGGGGACUGCUGGUUACUAGCGGCCAUCGCCUGCCUCACUCUGAACGAGAAGUUGCUUUAUCGAGUCAUCCCUCCAGACCAGAGCUUCACCGAGAACUAUGCCGGCAUCUUCCACUUCCAGUUCUGGCGUUAUGGUGAGUGGAUUGACGUGUUGGUGGACGACCGGAUCCCAACCUGCAGGAACCAGCUAAUCUUCACCAAGUCCUUCAGGAAAAAUGAGUUCUGGAGUGCUCUGCUGGAGAAAGCCUAUGCAAAGUUGCACGGGUCGUAUGAGGCUCUGAAAGGAGGGAACACUCUGGAGGCCAUGGAGGACUUCACUGGAGGAGUAACAGAGUUCUUUGAGCUGAGCCAGGCUCCUGAGCAGCUGUACUGCAUCAUGAAGAAAGCCCUGGCGAGAGGGUCACUAAUGGGCUGUUCCAUAGACGUGACCUCUGUGAGUGAGAUGGAGAGCCGUAUGGAGCAGGGCCUAGUACGGGGCCACGCCUACUCCGUCAUCGCUCUGGAGCAGUGUGACGAGGUGGACAAGAACAGCAGAGUGCAGCUGAUCCGCCUCCGCAACCCCUGGGGCUGGGUGCUCUGGAAGGGCCCCUGGUGUGCAAAUUCUAAGGAGUGGUCUACUAUCUCCAUUGCCGACAGAGAAAACCUGAAGAAGCAAACAGUGCAGGAGAGUGAGUUUUGGAUGUCUUUUGCCAACUUUAAGCAGUACUUUACAAAGCUGGAGAUCUGUAACCUGACCCCGGAUGCACUGCAGGGAGAGGAGAGGAGCAGCUGGACGGUGUCAGUGAAUGAGGGCCGCUGGGUCCGGGGCAGCUCGGCAGGCGGCUGCCGGAACUACCCUGACUCGUUCUGGACCAACCCUCAGUAUCGGCUGCUGUUGUUGGAGGAGGACGAUGACAGCAAGGAAGGGGAAAGUCUGUGCUCUGUGGUGGUUACUUUGAUGCAGAAGGGACGGAGAAUGCAGAGGAACCAAGGGCCCAGGUUCCUCACCAUCGGCUUCUGCAUCUACGAGGUUCCAAAGGAGAUGCGAGGGAAGCACCAGCACCUGCAGAAGGAUUUCUUCCUGUACACGGCAUCCAAAGCCAAGUGUAAGAGCUACAUAAACCUGAGGGAGGUGACGGAGCGCUUCAGACUGCCCCCGGGCGAGUAUGUGCUCAUCCCUACCACCUUUGAGCCACACCAGGAAGGAGAGUUCAUCCUACGCGUGUUCUCUGAGAAGGAUAGCUUGUCAGAAGAAGCAGACGACACCAUCGGAGCAGAGAACAUGCAGCAACGAAACGGCCAGAAAAAGAAGGAGAAGCCCAUCUUGUUUGUGUCAGACCGAGCCCAUGCCAACAAAGAAAUUGAGCACGAAGGCAUCCGAGGGGAGGGUAAAAAGAAGAAACCCAAGCGUAAACUUCUGGAACCUGAGGAGGAGACGGAGGAAGAGAAGCAUUUCCGGGCCAUUUACCAGCAGAUAUCUGGAGACGACAUGCAGGUGUGUGCCAACGAGCUCAAGACCAUCAUGAAGAACGUGCUUUCCAAACACAAUGAGAUCCAUUCAGAUGGCUUUAGUCUGGAGACGUGUCGCAGCAUGAUUGCUCUCAUGGACACUGAUGGCACUGGGAAACUCAACCUGCAGGAGUUCAAACAUCUGUGGAAGAAAAUCAAGCAGUGGCAGGUCAUCUUUAAGAAGUACGACAAAGACAAGUCAUCAAGUAUCAGCAGCUUUGAGAUGAGAAACGCUGUCAAUGAAGCAGGGUUCCACCUGAACAACCAACUGUACAACAUCAUCGCCCUGCGUUACGCCGAUGAGCAGCUCCACAUCGAUUUCGACAGCUACAUCUGCUGCUUCGUGCGUCUCGAGGGCAUGUUCAGAGCUUUUCAGGCGUUUGACAAAGACGGAGAUGGGCUCAUCAAACUCAAUGUGCUCGAGUGGCUCCAGCUGACCAUGUACUCCUGAUGCGACUUCUGGACCUCUGUGUGGACAUGACUUCGUCGGGACAAAAUACCAUACCAUUGUUCCAAUA